AUGUCAAAACAAGACUUUCGACUAAUUUACUAUUAUGAAUUCUCCCUCGGUCGCAAUGCAACCGAAACUGCCCGAAACAUCAACACCGUAUGGGGCGAAGGGAGUGUUAGCGAAUGGACUGUCCGACGUUGGUUCAAAAAAUUCAAGGACGGUGACAAAAAUCUUGAAGAUAAGGAAGGUCGUGGACGACCUUCUCUUCUUGAUGACGAUCACUUGAAGACCAUGGUGGAAGAUGACCCCCACCUAACAGUGCGGGAAAUUGCAGAGGACUUAGGUGUCGGUCACAGCACAGUUGCGGAGCAUUUGAGUAAAAUCGGCAAAGUGAAAAAAAUGGAUAAAUGG